GAAAGUUUAUAUAAAAUGCAGGCCGGCAGGAGAUGGGUUUUGGCACGACUUUGCGAAUUGCAUGCCCCACUCACUCACUCAUUUUAACACUCCUACAUACGGUUUUUGUUUUUUACGAUGGUCUCCUCCUCUACCGUGCUCGUCGCCCUGGCGGCAAUGUUUGCGGUGGCAGUCAACGCCCAGAAUGCAGCGUAUCAGCAGUGUGGAGGCAUGAACUGGGCUGGAUCAGUCGCGUGCAGUACCGGCUAUCACUGCGAGAAGCUCAACGACUGGUAUUCGCAAUGUCUUCCGGGCGCGGGCUCCAGCACCACAGCGGCGGUGUCAUCUAACACGGGCACCACCACUACCCGCAGCACGAGCAGCACCACCACCAGCACCGCCGGCGGCACGAUCCCCACUGCUGGCGGCACCAGCCCCGGCUCGACGCUGCAGAAGGACUACCUCUGGAUCCGGGCCGUCGCCGCGCCAAAUUUCCACAAAUACCUGCAGUCGCGGACAGCGCGUACCGCCACGGACGCAAUUAUCGACUCGCCCACGACCGCGGGGCAGUUCAACGUAGUCGGCGGCCAGCUGGUGCAGCUAGUGGACACUGCGGGGACGCUGCUGUACGGGCACGUAGCUGCGCGGGUCGGGACCGAGACGCAGUUGAAGCUGACGUGGGAGGCGACGCCGGACACGUUCGGCACGUUUGCAUUCCAGGGCGAUACUCUCACUUGGUCAGUGGCUAGCAUCACUCGCCCGAAUGUCGCCGCCUGGCUCGUCUGCGAGAAUCAGACGCUGUAUGUUAACCUCGGCGCGUAUCUGUACCUGACGCCGGAUGGGUGUGCGGACCAGACGAUUCACUACUACAAUGGGGCUACGGCGGAUGCUUAGAGCGGUGGAGACGGGGUUACGUGGAAGACGGAAAGAAGGUGAGGGGAGGUGGGGC